CUUCAUCCCCUCAUGUUGGGCGAUCACCACUCAGGGCAGCCAAACAGCGAUCGGACGAUAUACGUGCCGAGGCAGCAGGAAUUGCACAUGAAUUAAGCACUCGUAACUGCGAAGACAUAUAAGCACUAAUGGAAUCUUGAUGCCAAUGUUUCGCGCGCUCGAUAGUUCGACAGCUUUGUAACCUGUACUCGAGCGAGAAUAUUGGUGAGAGGAUCGAACGGCAUCAAGUACAACUUGUUAUUUUUUCGGCAAAGAAGAUGGAUACUCCAAUAGUUAACAUUACUUUCUUAUCCCUCCUCGAGGCAUUGCUUUCCUUCAGACUUGCUCCUGAUAUUUUGCCGGUGAAGACGUUCACACGGGCCUUACUCACCUUUAGUCUCGUCAAUUACUCCAUCUAUUUCAUCUACCGCGUAUUCAUAUAUCCAUUCUUCCUGUCGCCAUUACGACAUCUCCCUUCUCCUCCCAAUGGCGGGCUACCGAUAUUUGGCCACGGCUUUGCGAUGCUGAAGUGGCCGCCAGGCUCACCGCAUCUGAGAAUGAUCAAGGAAACAGAAAAUGACGGGAUCGUUCUUGUGCGCAGCUUCUUCAAUGCUGAACGUCUCAUACUGUCGAAACCAGCCGCAAUAGCAGAAGUGCUGGUUGCCAAAAGCUACGAGUUUGAGAAACCUCCAUGGAUUAGAGCGUUCUUACGAAAGUUCCUGGGCGAUGGCUUGUUGGUGACUGAGGGCGACGAACAUAAGCACCAGCGAAAGCAGAUUAUGCCUGCUUUCAGCUUUCGCCAUAUCAAAGAAUUGUAUCCGGUGUUCUGGUCGAAGUCGAUCCAACUAUGCCAGGUGAUCAAGUCGGAGCUGGGAGAUUCCAACGACAAAGUACUGGAGUUCAAUCAUUUUACAACACAGGUUACACUUGAUAUAAUUGGACUUGCGGGCCUGGGACGAGAUAUCGGGUCGCUCAGGAACGCGGACGAUGAGCUUAUCGAACUUUAUGAAGAGAUUCUGGAGCCGACACCCGAGAAAGGAGCAUACUUCGUCUGCCAUCUCUUGUUCCCGUCCAAGCUCAUUGCGUGGCUACCGUGGAAACUAAACGAGCGCGUUAGGAUUACCACUUCGAAACUGAAGCAGAUAUGCAUAGAUUUCGUCAGGGACAAAAGGGCCAGGAUGAAGGUGGAGGACAAGUCACACUUGGACAUCCUGUCUAUCAUGAUCCGUUCAAAUGACUUCUCGGAUGAGGGCAUCGUUGACCAGCUUUUGACUUUUCUCGCUGCGGGUCAUGAAACGACAUCAUCCGCAUUGACCUGGACGGCGUAUCUUCUUGCGACCCAGCCAGACGUACAGCGCCGGCUUCGCACAGAGAUUCACGAUGCCAUUCAAGACCCUGAGACCCUUUCCAGUCCUGACGUCGAUAUUGCAAAUUUGCUUGAAUCUCUCCCAUUCCUCAACGCAGUCUGCAACGAAACCCUUCGUCUGUACCCCACAAUCCCCGUAUCCGCCCGCCACUCCACGCGAGAUACAUCAAUUUGCGGUCAAUUCGUCCCCAAAAAUACCGAUAUCCUCAUCAUACCCUGGGCGACCAACCGCGAUCCCUCAAUCUGGGGCGACGACGCAGAAUCUUUCAGACCCGACCGGUGGCUCGAUCCCACGACUGGAAAGGCAAACUACGUCGGUGGCGUCGAUAGCAAUUAUUCGUUCUUGACCUUCUUCCACGGCCCAAGGAGUUGCAUUGGGCAAGGGUUUGCGAGGGCGGAGUUGAGAUCGUUGGUGGCGGCUUUCGUGGGAAGCUUUGAGAUGGAAAUGGCGAAUCCAAAUGCGAUUGUAAUGCCGGGUGGUGCGGUCACUAUCAAGCCUAGGGAUGGGUUGCGUUUGAAGUUGAGGCCUCUUGACUGGUAAUCUUUGGACUUCAAAAAAGGUCGGAGUAUUACCAGUUCAGCGUACUGUUCUUUAAGGUUGAAGGCACAUAUAGUGAUAUUUAGGAGCCGAUGAAAUAGCGGAAGAUGCUCAGGGUCAUAAAUACAAGAGCAUACCCAUGGACAAUGCAAUUUACUCUGCACAGUGUCAGCAUUGCUAUCUUUGAGACGGUUUCUUCCGUCUGAAUCGAGGUCAAUCCUAUUC